AUGAACAAGGCCGACCGCAAGGCCCUGGAUAGGUUGAGCCAGCACAACUGGGCUGGGCUGCGGGAGAGGUGCAACAGGAAGCUGCAAGGGACAGGGAGGAAGGCAUUCAGCAUGAAGCAAGUGCGAUCCAUGGUGCUGGAUGCGUCUACUACUCCCCACUUGCGACCCGUCAAGGCCAAGACCUCCAGGACAAGGAGCCAUGGAGGCGGUUCAAAGGAGGAUGCCCUCCAUCCCUCCCCGUCCACAGGCAGGGCUCCUGACGGUGCUCGCCAAGGAGGGUGGGACCCCUCCGUGUCCCUUGAAUCGCUCAGGGUUCUGCAGCAAAGGUUUGCCAGCGAGAGGAAUUGGGAUCAGCACCACUUGCCCAGAAGCCUCGCACUCGCACUCGUCGGGGAGGUAGGGGAGCUCUGUGAAUGUUUCCAGUGGAAGAGAGACUGCGGGGCCAACCCUGGCCUGCCGUCGUGGAGUGCGGAAGAAAGAGUUCAUGUCGGAGAGGAGAUGUCAGACGUCCUGCUGUACCUCAUCAGGUUGGCUGAUCGAUGCGAAGUUGAUCUCUCCACAGCAGUGCUGGCCAAGAUCGAAAAGAAUGGCAAGAAAUAUCCGGCUUCUCUGGUCAAAGGCUCCAGCGCCAAGUACACCGCGUACCAAAAAGAUUGA